AUGGUUUCCAUUUCAUUCAUUAUUUUGGGGUCCUUAAUCACUACUGUCCUCGCUCAACAACAAUGUGUACCGUACGAAACUACAUUUAAUUAUUCAUCAUAUCCAACAGUUUGGGCAGUGCCUUCAAGUAAUGAUACUUUUAAUACAGCUGAGUUUAAGCAGCUUAACAGUUCCCUUGACUGGUCAAAAGUACCUAAAAUUGCACCUCGUAAGCUGGUCAAUGGUAGUUUAGAUUUGGCUAAUUAUUCUACCAGUGAUCCAGAUUGUUGGUGGUCAUAUAAUCUGUGCACAAAACCUAAAGCAACUGGACUGCAAGCCGAUGUUUCCAUUUGUCCUGAGCCUGGUACUUGGGGUUUAACGUAUGAUGAUGGUCCAAACUGUUCUCAUACUGUGUUUUACGAUUUCCUUAAAGGAAACAAUCAGAAAGCGACUAUGUUUUUUGUUGGGUCAAAUGUUGCUAAUUGGCCCAAUGAAGCUCAACGAGCUCUCGCAGAUGGUCAUCACAUUUGUGUUCAUACUUGGUCUCAUCAAUAUAUGACCACACUUACCAAUGAACAGGCACUUGCAGAAUUGUAUUACACUAAAAAGAUUAUUAAAUAUGUUAUGGGUGUAACGCCUCUUUGCUGGCGUCCCCCUUUUGGUGACGUUGAUGAUCGAAUUCGUGGAAUUGCUCAAUUACUCAACUUGACAACUAUUCUUUGGAAUCUUGAUACCAAUGAUUGGAACAUGGUACCCGCAGGCACCGAACAGCCGGCACAAAUUGAUGCACUCUUUCAAAGUUUUGUUGAUAUGGGUCAAAAUGGAACCUUCGCUACUUCUGGUGCAAUCGUUCUGGAGCAUGAACUAAACAAUGGCACUAUGUCUAAGGCUGUCGAAUGGUACCCAAAGAUCAAAAGUGCCUAUAAAUAUGUUGUUCCUAUCGCUUCGUGCUUGAAUAUUACUCAUCCAUAUGCUGAAACGAACAUUACCUAUCCAUCAUUUGCUGAAUACAUUAACGUACCUAACAAUAGUAGUUCGGUUGCUAAAGUUCCAAGUCCUACCAAUUCUAAUACUCAAACAGAUAGCCCUAAGCCGACCACAAAAUCAGCAUCUGUUACGAUAGCAAGUUAUAACAGUUUAAUUUCCAUGAUGAUCGCCAUACUCACAGCACAACUAUUUGGUAGUUUUUUUUAA